UAUCAGUUCAGGUAAAAGUGUCGUGGAAAGUUACGAAAAUACUAUUGCUGAUUUCAACUUUACUGUUGUGAAAUCGCCUUCAAUUGAGAGUAAUAGCCUUUUUCUUUAAAUAUUAAUGGGGGCGCCGGUGUUACGGUUUAAAAUGUGACCGUGUUUACUGUCGACUUUCAGUCAAGUGAGUCGGUGGUUGUCAUGGUUACAACAGAGAAAGACGUAAAGUGUCCUAACAGAUUCCACUUUGUUUUCAUUCAAGACAUUUAUGAUGAGUAUUUAUGACACCAUUAUAUAAAUUAAACAUAAAAGCAAACCGUUACACCGGUGUCACAGGGAAAGCUUUAGCUUGAGACUAAUCAGAGAUUGUUGGAAUAAGUUACAAGCAGUCUAUGGCUGUGAGAGAGCUUGACUUUGUGAAUGCAAAGAAGAGUAUAAAACUAUCAUCAGCAUAAAGAUUAAUUCUACAAUUUUCUAUUUGAUCAAUAAUGUUAUUAAUGCACAGUGAGAAUAAAUGUAAUCCCAGGAUGGAUCCCUGGGAUACUCCUGUGAUGAUAGCCCUUACUAUCAAUUGAAGUUUUACAGUAAUUAACUUUUGCCUUCAUCUCAUUUAUAUCCACAGAACCCCCUCUGACAAUCAGUGCUCUGAAUAGAGAGGAAGAGCUGCAGGGAACCUCAUCACAACCAUCGACACAAGAAGAGUCUAAUUUAAGUCAUGCUGAGAUCCAUACUGACCUCUGUAUUAAAGAUGAGCAGGAAGAACAUGAACAUGACCACCAAACACAGGAGAUGAUUUUUCCUUCUACUGAAUGGGAACAAGAUCAGCCAGCGAUCAAAGCUUCUGCUGAAAUGCAGCCAGUUUCUUCUGACGGCUCUGAAGCUGAGUGUGAAAUCAAAGGCAGUGAUGAGGAGGGGGUGCAGAAUAAAGGAGCACAGAAAAAGAUGAGACGAAAGCCUGAUAGAAAAUCUUCUGCUAGAGGUCAAACUGACUUUUGUGUUUGUCCCACGUGUGGACAGGGUUUCUUGUCCAUUGCUCCCUUCGAGAAGCACAUGAAAAUACACAAACAGGAGCCUGACAGUCAACGUCCAAUACCGACCUGUGUGCUGCAGAUAUCAAGUUCAGAACCCCCUCUGACAACCAGUGCUCUGAAUAGAGAGGAAGAGCUGCAGGGAACCUCAUCACAACCAUCGACACAAGAAGAGUCUAACUUCAGUCAGGCCGAGGUGCAGACUGACCUCUGUAUUAAAGAUGAGCAGGAAGAACAUGAACAUGACCGCCAAACACAGGAGGUUAUUUAUCCUUCUACUGAAACGGAACAAGAUCAGCCAGUGAAUGAAGCUUCUGCUGAAAUGCAGCCAGUUUCUUCAGACGGCUCUGAAGCUGAGAGUGAAAUCAAAGGUGGUGGUGAGGAGGUGGUGCAGAAUGAAGGAGCACAGAGAAAGAUGAGACGAAAGACUGAUAGAACAUUUUCUGUUAGUGGUCAAACUGACCUUCAUGUUUGUCCCAUGUGUGGAAAGGGUUUCUGGUUCAUUUCUCCCUUGGUGAAGCACAUGAAAAAACACAAGAAGAUCAAUGGUCCAACAAAGAAGCUUCUAAAGGAUAUGCAAAGAUUUCUCAGAAGAAAGGAUUGUAAUGUUUGUGGCAAGAAGUUUACCACUACCCAUUGUCUGAGACUUCAUUCAAAAAUACAUGCAGCAAUUAGAGACUUUAAAUGCCAAGUCUGUGGGAUAACGUUUUGCAAAAGACGUAAUCUUAUUAGUCACUUACGGACCAAACGACACAAGAGGAGACACGAGGAGGAUAUCCUAAAUCGUUUUGGAACAGGGCAAAAACGAUUGUGGAAGUGUUCUUGUGCAAGAUACUGAACCCUGAGUUGCAACAGAAGGCAUAGCCAUCUGUGUGUGAAUGUGACUAGUACUGUACUAACUCUCAGAUGGAUGUCACUUUUGAUAAAAGGGUCUGCUAAAAGAAAUUCUAACAUUGUUAAAUUGUUAAAGAUCUAUCCUGUCUUUAGUGAAGUUUAUACGGCUGAACAAAUACAUUCACAGAAGUCUCUUUACAGAAAAUAAAUCAAAUAGGCUUUGAAUGCAUUUCAGCAUUUGA